AUGGUGAAACCAAAGAGAGAAGAUCUGAAUCAAUUUCUGAUUGCUCAUCUCAACACCAUCUACGAUACUCUCCAGUUGUUCGAUCGACCAGCUCCUCCUACACAAGAGAAAGUUAGCUGGAACGAUGUUCUUCAGAUGUCUGAUCAUCUCUCUAAACAAGCCACCAUAGAAACUCCAAAAUCUGAAUCACUUAAGGAGACUAUGGAGUCUUACUUCAAUGCUCUUCAGGGCUUUUUGCUUUGUUGCCAUGGAAGCACAGUUGGUGCUGGGUCUACACUUUCUUCAAUCAUACAUCUCUCUGUUAAGCAAAUCGUUGAUUCCAGCUUCAGAUUGUUGCAGGGUUCUGUCUCUUUAUACGAGGGAUCAUAUGGAAAGGACAAGAAGCCGUCUAUUCCGCAGCUUUCAGGAGCAGUUUGGGAGGCGUGUUCGGGUUUCAAGAAGGUUCCUGCAAGUAAUAUCAUCGCGAUUGGCAGGGGUAUUACACAGGUUGCGGUGUCUAUGAAGGAUGUUCUUAGGGAGAUGAAAGAAGUGAAGCCAGCUUGUCCUUCACCUGAGAGUGAGGCAUCUGGUGAUAAUAACUCUGAUGACGAUGACGAUUUAGGCAAUGAUUUGUCUCCUGAAGAAAUGGAAGUGGCUCAAAUGGUUGCUGAGAUUGUGCCUGAUACGAUCACGGUGAUAAAAGAACUAAUCCGAGUUAUCACCGGGAUGAUCAAAUUGGAGAAUCCAAAGGAUAAUAGCGGGUUUGUAGACUCGCUAGAGAAGCUACUCAAGCUGUGUCAAGGAACUGGAGUACAAAUCGACGAGCUUGGAGCUUGCGUCUAUCCUCCGCAGGAGCUAAACAAGAUGAAGCAAACGGUAAAGAUAAUACAGGGAAAUCUCGAUGAAGUUGAGUCCGAAGUUAACCGUUUAAAGAAUUCUUCAGACGCCUUUUCGGGAGCUUGCAGAAAGCUGCGAAAUUCGAUGAUACACAUGGACACUGAAUUAGAGAAAAGAUGUGAAGCUGAAGUAAUUGUUGAAAUGCAAAAUGUUACUCUUGGCAGUUAG